AUGCCCCGUAAAUGGCCAAAAACAAGUUCAGUAACAGUUUUUUCACGAGUUAAAGAGUACGAAAAUAUAUUUCAUGUUGAUAAUGGCCUACUUUUUUGUAACUAUUGUGAUCUUUCAGUAGAAUGGAAACAUAAAUCUACAAUAGAUGCACAUUGUACAAGCAAAAAAUAUCUUUCCCAACAAAAAAAUUUUGAAUUAAAUGAAAAAAAAAAAAAUCAACAAACGUUAGAACGAAAUUUACAAGCAUCUGAAUCAAAAAAAAUAGUUAUAGAAGAUUUAAUUGAAGCAUUUGCUAAUGCAGAUAUUCCCUUAGAAAAAAUUAAUUUGUUACUUCUCUUUUUUAAAAAACAUCUUAAAGAAGGUGGUGCCAUUCCUCAAGCUUCAACUUUACGUCAAAUUAUUUGCCAAAAUGAUGAUUGUGCGCGAAGUGUAGUCAAUACCCUUUUUGUUUUUCGAACACAUACAAAAUUAGUAUCAGUUGAUUUUUUAGAACAAGUCAAUAAUUCAACUAUUGCACAAACACUAUUUUCGCCAAUUAUGCCACAAUUAAUUCAUCUUCCAUGUUUAGCACAUAUAUUAAACCUUAUUGGUGAAACUUGGCAGGAUUUCCCACAAUUUUCAUUAAUAAAAACCUUUUUGGCAAAAAUUAAAAAUUCUUUUGUCAAAUCUCCUGCAAGAAAAGCCCGAUAUAUAACUCACUUACGUAUGAAUGGUGUUGCAUCACCAUGCAAAAUCCCAUUACCAAAUAAAACUCGAUGGAAUAGCUGGUUCAAAAUGGUUUUUUAUACGGUAGAGCAUCUUCAGUAUUGGCAGGAUUUUUACAAAAAAGAAAGCGAAAUUGAUUCAAGGAAUGAAACAAUAAGUGCAAUUUAUUUGAUAUUACAAGAUAAAACACGAUUAAAAAAUCUUUUGGCUUAUCUCGAAUCAAAUCGGAUUUCAACUCAUUUUGGUGAAGAACUUGAAGAAAUUAUAACAAAUUUAAAUUUCAAUCCAUCUGAAUUUUAUUCAAUUUUUCAAGCUGCAUUUCAAUCUGCAUAUAAAAAAUUCGAAGCACAUAUUCCCGAUCAUCCUACACGUCCAUUAUUUCGUGCAGUACGUCUAUUUGAUCCCAAAUACAUGCAUACAGGAAAUAAUCAAAGACACAAUAUUUAUCAAUAUUCAAUUAUUAGUGAACUUGAUAAUCCUUCAGAUGAUUUAUUACACGAAUGGGGAAUUUAUUGUGGACUGGAAUUUGAUAUUAAUAAUGAAAAUGAUUUGGACAAAUAUUGGAAUGAUUUAUCAAAUAGAUUACUGAACCUUUCUAAAAUUGCAUUGGAUUACAUUUGGUUACCUAUUUCUAGUUGUGCUGUAGAACGUAGUUUUUCUUUAUAUAAUACUCUUUUAGAUAAGGAUAGACAGAAUUUAACAAAAGAAUCACUUAAACAAUUGAAUAUGAUGUAUUUUAAUCGUGACUAUUAA